AUGGCCUCAGGUUUUGGCUAUACUGGAGGACGUUCGCGGUGCUUUGCGUACUGGCAAGAGUUCUCCAAAGUAUAUAUUCGACGUUCACCUAUCGGAUUUACUGGUACUGAUGAAACCGAACCACGGUUACAGUGCUACUCGCAGGCUGAUGCACCCAGUCAAUGCCGUGUCCAGGCCGACGAUUACCUCGAGUGCCUACACCACACCAAGGAGAUCGAGCGCGCAAAGGCUGUAAGAGCUGAGUUUAUCAAGCAGGCAGAACACCAAGCAAAGGAAGGGCGUAAGGUGGCUGAUUUACUGGCUGACGGCGUGAUCGUCAGCGUUGGCCUUAUACAACGCGACAGAGGUUCCGACGGUAAAGAGCAAUAGAUUAUAGGACCUUUUCUGUGAUCGCUCGGUUCGAGAAUAUACCAGCUACCAAGUAUCUGCACCGGUUUCCGGUCGGCGGUCCCGCGUCUCCGAUGGCCUCAUCCGUUUCACUCCGCCAUAUGCAUCCCAUUUCUCUUCGGUUCCCGGUAUAUAGCUCCAUACGUAUGUAGCUGUUCACAUCCUGAGCUCGAUGGCCUAGUUCCAGCAGUGAGCCCUUCACCCAAAGGUAGGAGCAGUACGACUUUUCUGGCUCCUCGAUGGCCGUUAUCGCUCC